AAUCAUCAAACAAGUCAAGAAACAACUCGGCAUCCUGUGAGCCUCCAGUUACUUCUUUGCACUCUUGGCAGCUUGUGCACUCUCGGAGAGUCAGUCGUGGUGAUCCGCUGAUUGACUCUAUCCUUAACACAUCAAGUUCACACUGGAUCGUUGGAAAUCUUCAAGGACCUCCAGAGAAUCUUCUCCAUGAAAGUUUCUAUCUUUGAUACGAAUUUGUGUUGAACAUUCAGUGACAAUGAGUUAUUUUUCGAGUCGUGAUUUGUUAACGAACUGUUUGUUCUCGUUAUGUUUGAUGGUAACUUGGAUUUCAACAGAAAGUGAAGCCAAUGAUGCAAAGGAUACAAGACCCGAUGACUUGAGAAUACCUGACUUUCUUCACGUUUGCAAAAGGAAUGAUGCAAAACUCGAAGACUGCAUACAGAACUCAAUAGAGGAGCUGAAACCUUAUUUAAGAAAAGGUAUACCAGAGAUGAAAGUUCCACCUUUGGAGCCCUUAUUGAUUAAACAGCUGGUUGCCGCUCAAGGUCAAGGGCUCAAGGUCACCACGGAAGACCUCAAAGUUUACGGAUGCAGUAACUUCACAAUCAAGAAAUUAGUUGCCAACCUGAAGGAAAACAAAUUCUUUUUCACCCUGGAUCUACCUCAUCUAAUACUUGAUGGACGUUAUGUUGUUGAUGGAAGAGUAAUUCUGAUACCAGUGAAAGGAAACGGUCCUCUAUCUGGAGAUAUAUAUAAAACCAAAGCGAAUGUAACACUGGAAGGAGAACUAAUAAAAAAGCAUGGAGAAGACUACAUUCAUUACACAGAUUUAAAUAUAAGAUUCAAAGUUGGAAGUGGACGUCUAAAAUUGGACAACCUCUUCAAUGGAGAGCGCGUCUUAGGUGAAAUCAUCAACACAGCAAUCAACCUCAACUUUGACCAGUUUAUUGCCGAACUGCGACCAAUCAUCGAAAGUGUGCUUGGAAAAUUCAUGUUGGAAAGUGCAAACAAAAUUGUGGAAAACUUCCCCUACCGUGUGCUUUUCCCAGAAUGAUUCGGAAAAUUCGAGAAAAGAAAAUUGUGAAAAUUUACGCUCCUAUCCAUAUAAUAUAAACACUAUUGUUCCAAGGCGUAGAAAUUCAUACAAGUCAUAUCAUUACCAUGUGAUCAUCAUGUAGUAUUAUUAAUUGCUGUAUAUAGUUGAGUGCAAAAUUAUAGAUUAAGACAAAUUAAGAUUAUAUUAAAAUGAAUAUUGAUGUAAAA